CGCACAUCUCUAUCUAAAACAUCCAUGGACGUCAACAAACAAAUAAGCAGACAUUCCAGCGCGCUGAAUUGAGUACACAUUUCUUGCAUUUCUGAAGAAGGUUCUUUGAGUGUUAUUUGAAAAUAAUAAUAAUAAAAAAGGCUUUUAUUGAUUCAUUGGAGUAUAUUUACAUCACUGUGUCAAUAUGAUUCUGUCUCGAUUGAAACCUGCUGUUGGCUCCAAGUCUAAUAAUACUACAUCAACUGCAAACAAUCAGAAGAAUCUUCCAAAGCUGGAAGACUUUUUAAUUGCUAGAGAUUACACAGGGGCUCUCACGUUGUUAGAGUUCAGUCAAGGCUCUGGGAAGAGCGAUGCAGACAGUGAAAGGUGGAUUGGAUAUUGUUCAUUUCACCUUGGAGAUUACAAACGUUCAAUGUCAAUCUUUGAAAAGCUGUCUAAUAAGAGUGACACUCCUGAUGAUGUAUGGGUGAACUUAGCUUGUUGUCAAUUCUACCUUGGCUUGUAUCCAGAGGGAGUAGAGAUUCUCAAAAAUGCCAAGGAUUGUGCUUUGAAGACUCGCCUUCUAUUUCAUUUGUCUCACAAAACGGGUGCCGAGGAAAAGCUUUUGGAGUACCAUCAUCAGUUGAGAGACGUAACUGAGGAUCAACUUAGUCUUGCUGCAAUCCAUUAUUUACGUGCACAUUAUCAAGAAGCUAUUGACAUAUAUAAAAGAAUUUUACUUGAUAACAGGGAUUUCUUGGCACUGAAUGUGUAUGUUGCUCUUUGCUACUACAAAUUAGAUUAUUAUGAUGCUUCACAAGAAGUAUUGUCAGUGUACUUGCAACAUUAUCCUGAUUCAGCAAUUGCUAUAAACUUGAAAGCUUGUAACCAUUUUCGCCUGUAUAAUGGGAAAGCUGCUGAAAAUGAGAUUAAGUCUCUUAUGGACCAAAGUUCAUCCUCUUUCAUAUUUGGCAAUGAUCUAAUUCGUCAUAAUAUGGUGGUAUUUAGGAGUGGUGAAAGUGCUUUGCAAGUAUUACCUCCUCUUGUGGAUGUAAUACCAGAAGCAAGGCUUAAUCUAGUUAUCUAUUAUUUAAAACAGGAUGAGGUCCGUGAAGCUUAUCAGCUUAUUAAAGACCUUGAGCCUGCUGUCCCCGCAGAAUAUAAUUUGAAAGGUGUUGUUAAUGCCUCUAUGGGCCAAGAAACGGGAUCUCGGGAACAUAUAAAGUUUGCUCAGCAGUAUUUUGAACUUGUUGGCUCAAGUGAAAGUGAAUGUGACACAAUACCUGGGCGGCAGUGUAUGGCAAGCUGUUACUUUCUCAUGCGUCAGUUCAGUGAAGUGCUUCUUUACCUCACAUCUAUAAAAAGCUAUUUUUAUACAGAUGAUACAUUUAAUUUCAACUAUGCACAGGCAAAGUGUGCUGUGGGUAACUUUAAAGAAGCAGAGGAAGCAUUUCUGCUAAUUCAAAAUGAGAAGAUCCGCAGUGAUUAUACCUACAUUAGUCACCUUGCUCGAUGCUAUAUGAUGAAUGGAAAGCCUCAAAUGGCUUGGGAACUUUAUCUCAGAUUAGAGACCUCAGCAGAGUCAUUCAAUCUUUUACAGCUGAUUGCCAAUGACUGCUACCGCCUAGGCCACUUUUGGUUCUCAGCCAAAGCUUUUGAUAUGCUUGAAAGACUUGAUCCCAGCCCUGAACACUGGGAAGGCAAAAGAGGAGCUUGUGUGGGAGCUUUUCAAAUGGUUAUUGCUGGGAGACAACCAAAGGAAUUGCUGACCGACGUUAUUAGUCUUCUCAGAAACACAGCUAACUCUCAGGUUGAAAUGAUCAUUCGAACUAUGAAACGAUGGGCAAAAGAAAACAGAAUCAAUGUGUAGUUUGGUAAAUCAACAACUUUCAGCUUGCACAAAAUUUGACAAAGCUGACUAAUAGUACACAUUUUUUGUAAUAUUUAGUAGUCUCAUACAAUCACUCGCUCCCAUCUUCACUCAUUUUUCGGGGGACUUCUGUGUUAUUUGAAAAUUAUUCUAGUCAAAUAUUCUAGUCAUUCAUAUCCACAGGUUGCUCCAGCAUACCUCAAAGAAUUAAAAUUUGUUAACACAUAUUUUUCCUUUUUACUUUAUCAAACAGCUCCCAAGAGCAAUGAUCCAUAGGAGGGGCAUUAUACAAUUUUCGGCAAUAGCUGAUGGGUUGUGGAGAAGAUUUGGAUAGAAUAAAUAAUUUGAGAAUGAUA